GUUUGCCUGAAAGCAGUGCAUCACGUAGUCUUGCGAUAAAGCCUACAUUUUGAGAGCAGCUCGCAUUUUCUUUAGAGUUUCCUUUUAGUAAGACAUGAAGCUGAUCAGCGCAGUUGUCAUCGUUUCUGUUCUAUUCUCAAGUUGCAAUGCUUUUCAAACAGAUCAAUGUUGUUGCCACGCCAACGUGAUCCCCCGCAACUGUCGUCACACUCUCAUUCUCGGACACACGGUGAGUGGGGUGUACGUGAUCGAUCCACGCGAUGGCUUGGGCUCGUUCCCGGUUUGGUGCGACAUGAAAACCAACGGAGGAGGAUGGACGGUCUUCCAGAGACGACGAGACGGAUCAGUUAACUUCACUCGAGGCUGGGACGAGUACAAAAGAGGAUUCGGAACGUUAAAUGACGAGUUCUGGCUGGGACUGGAUAAAAUUCAUCGUCUAGCUACAAGUCAGGUGCUCCGUUUCGAUCUCGCUGAUUUUGACAAUGAAAAGAGGCACGCAGAAUACGACUCUUUCACGGUCGGUCCACACGCGUCGUCGUAUCUUAUGUACGUUGGAAAGUACAGCGGAAAUGUGGGGAAUUCAUUCAGUAUUCAUUCCGGAUAUGUCUUCGCAACGACAGACAAAGACACUCCAGAAAAUUGUGCUACAAAAUACAAGAGUGCUUGGUGGUACUUCAAUUGUCAUAAUUCCCAUUUGAACGGUCUCUACUUGAAGGGAAAGACAGAUCAGUACGCUAUGGGAGUUGUCUGGGAAGCAUGGAAGGGACACUAUUACUCUUUGAAAUUUGCUGAACUCAAAAUGAGGCCUCAGUAGUAGAGUCGACUUUAUGAGUUGGUGUUAGCGAAAUAGCUAUCGUCUAUAGGAGUCGUCUGGACUGCAUAAUUAUUGAGAAUAUAAAACAUUGGUAUGGGGUACUCAGAGUUCGAAUACGUUAGGUAUUAUUAUACUCA